CAAGAUUAAGAUUAAGCAAUGGGUACUCUUUGUUCUUUCCCAAAUAUACUGUGGGAUUAUUUACUUUUCUUUCCAUUCUAGUGCUGCAAUGCAGGCUUAUUGAACUUACUGUCCCUGACAAAUGUCGAUUAAUGUUCUUUAUUGGGAGUUUUUUGAAGUUUAUGGGCAAGACCAGUGAAGCAGAAGAGUUGUUGUUGAGUGUUGAGGACAUGUUAGUACAGAGCCAGUCCAUGACAGACAUGCUUCUCAAAGUACAGAAUGCUAUUGGAGAACUGUAUCUUGAAACUGGAAUGACUCAGGAAGGGUUCCAGUAUUUCCAGAAAGCAUGGUCAAGCAUGCUGCAUCUUUCGCUUAGUGACUUAGAAGACAGCCGGGACUUGGUGAAGCAGAAAGUCAGAGUUUUGAACAACCUGGCAAAGUCAGCAUCUGAAGAAUACUUGAAAGAAAACCACAUUUUGGAAUAUGCAACUGAAAUUUCCAACUUACUGGAUAACAAUCCCCGUAAUCAAGCUACCAUGAAAUACAUCGAAGGUGUUCUAAUGUUCGUUGCUGGAAAUACCUCUCUUGCAAAAAUGAAACUUCAAGAGUGCUUAAAUAUCAGGAAAAGCUUGUUUGGCAAGAAAAACAUGCUGGUUGGAGAAGUUAUGGAAUUUUUAGCAGAUUUGCUAUUUUUUCCCCAGAGAGAUAGUAAAAAAUCCCAAAGGAAGCAAGUACUUAAAUAUUAUAAACAAGUGAUAAAAAUAAAGGAAAAUGCAGAAACUCUGGCCAAGUCCUCACUCCUCAGGAAGCAGCUGAACAUCAGCCUCAGUGAUACGUUGUGUAAAUUAGCAGGUCAGUUAUUGGCAAGUGACUCUUAUCAUCACGUCAUGAUUGAGGCAGUAGGCUAUUUGUACAGAUCACUUGAUUUAAGGGUGAUCCACCUGGGAUCUUCUCAUUCAUCAAUCCAUGGAAUCCUGCACCUUCUGAGAGAAAUUGAGUGGAUCCGGAGCCGGAGAUGUUGGCCUCAAGGUAUGAGCCAGCAACAUUCUGAGGGUUCUAGGAAUGGCUUCUCAUUAUGGGAGCACUUGCUUAAAUUAAACUAUCACAGUGCUCAGAGUUCUAAUACAGUGAGCUCUGCAAUGUGCAUGAAUGCAGAUAAAUUACACAGGGCUAGAAGAAUGGACUUGGCACCUCAGACAAUUUCAGAUAAAUCAAAAUGUGCUGCUGGAAAAGGGAAAAAGAAACCCAUUAUUUGCAUAUCUGCUGAGGAAAAGAUACAACGGAAGACACAAAAUCAUGCUGAAAUAUGGAAUGGCUCAGGAAAGGAAGCAUCAAACAAAAAGAAAGAUUAUUCCUCUAACAUUUUAUCUUUGGGUAAAAUGAAUGGUUUAAUAAAGCUUUCAAGGCAAAGAAUUUUGUUAGCUAAAAGUGAGAGUGGAGAAGGCGAAAUCACUGCCAAUUACCACCAUUCCCUGCCACGGCCUCUUAGCACAAAAAACCCUUGGGAAUAUGAGCUCAUAUCAGAAAAGUGGCUUUUUCAUAGCCCAGAUUAUAUUUCGAUAUCUCAGAAGUCUUUUUUGCAGAGAAGAUUUCACACUGAAACAAAACUGUUGAAGACCUCAGAUGAUAUUAAUAAAGAAUAAAAAUGU